GUGGCCGGGUUCCCGAUGGGCGCUGGUGGCCCCGGCGGGCAGCCGGGCAGCGCGGAGAGGCCCGGCCGCCGCCUCAGCGCUCAACAUUGCCUUUUUAGGGCUUUUUUCCUCUCCUCUGUUUUUUUUUUUUCCCCUUGCAGGGACGGAGGAGCGGCGGUGGCCGGCGGGGCACGCCUCCCUCCCGCCUCCCCCGGCGGGGCCCGGCCCGGCCCGGCCCGGCGCGGCCCGACCCGAUCCGGCCCCGCUCCGCCCCUCCCACCCCGGCAGCGCCGCCGGGCCGGAGGAGGAGGAGGAGGAGGAGGAGGAGGAGGAGCCCGCCCGCAGCCGGCAGCGGCCGGGCUGAAGCACAGCCAGGGGAGGGGGUGAGCGAUGUCCCUGGCGGAGCGGCGGCAGCAGGAGGAGGAGGAGGGGGAAGGGGAAGAAGGGGAUGGGGCCGGUGCAGGGGAGGAGGUGGUGCAGAUCCGGCUGGGGGACAAGUGCUACCCGGUGUGCAAGAGGAAGCUGAUCGAGCAGAGUGACUAUUUCCGAGCCCUGUACCGCUCGGGCAUGCGGGAAGCAGGGCAGGGCCAGGAGGAGCAGCUGCUGCGCGGGGGGCUGAGCGCUCUGGGGCUGGAGCUGGUGCUGGACUUCAUCAACACCUCCUGCCUGGCCAGGCUGGAGCAGGAGGAGGGGGGCGAUGAGGAGCCCCCUUUGCUGGAGGAGCUGGUGGAGGCCGCUUCCUACCUGCAGGUCACCCCCUUGCUCCGCCUGCUCCUCUCCCAGGUGAGGCUGGGCAACUGCUUCGAGCUGCACCGCCUGGCUCAGGUCUACGGUCUCCAGGACUUGCACGAUGCCUGUCUAGACUUCAUGGCUGCCCAUUACCAUCAGGUGCUGCGGAGGCCCGAUGCCCAGCCACAUCUCCUCCUGCCCCAUGCUCUCCAGCAGCACUUGAAGGAGAGGCGGAUGAGGGGCACCGCCACCCUCGUGGCCAUUGGGGACUUCAUGGGUGCCUCCUCCCUGGGUCUGCCUCCGGGCUGUCACCCUCAGGUGGAAGCCCCCUGGUCUAUGCUGAGGUAUGACGAGGAAGCGCAGAGGUGGCUGCCCCUGGCCAACAACCUCCCCCCUGAUCUGGUGAACGUUCGAGGCUAUGGGUCAGCGAUGCUGGACAACUACCUGUUCAUCGUUGGGGGCUACAGGAUCACCAGCCAGGAGAUUUCAGCUGCCCAUUGUUACAACCCUUGCCUAAAUGAAUGGAGUCAGCUGGCCUCAAUGAACCAGAAGAGGUCCAAUUUUAAGCUUUUGGCUGUAAAUGGAAAGCUCUAUGCCAUCGGUGGUCAAUCCCUUUCCAAUGUGGAGUGCUACAACCCAGAAAACGACUGGUGGAAUUUUGUAGCAUCCAUGCCAAGCCCUCUUGCAGAAUUCUCAGCUUGUGAGUGCAAGGGCAAGAUCUAUGUUAUCGGAGGAUACACUACACGAGAUAGGAAUAUGAACAUUUUGCAGUACUGUCCCACUUCCGAUUCCUGGACCAACUUUGAACUUUGUGAUGUCCAUGUUCGCAAACAACAGAUGCUCUCUGUUGAAGAAACUAUAUAUCUGGUAGGGGGUUGUAUUCAUGAACUUGGACCAAACCAAAAAUCCAGCCAAAGUGAGGACGUGUUAACUGUGCAGUCUUACAACAUUGCUACCAAAGAAUGGCUCUACCUCAAGGAGAACACAUCAAAAUCAGGUCUUAACUUGACUUGCACUCUCCACAAUGAUGGAGUCUAUAUAUUGAGUAGGGAUAUUACUUUAUCUACAAGCUUGGAGCACCGUGUUUUUCUUAAGUAUAAUAUAUUUACGGACAGUUGGGAGUCACUGAGACGCUUUCCAGCCUUUGGACAAAACAUGCUGAUCUGUUCUAUGUAUUUGCGUGAUGUGCGAGAAGUGUAAGAGUAUCAGGUUUUUCUUUUCGGCUCAUUGAUCAUUCUUGGAAGAAACAUUGCUCCCUCUAAAUAAUACUGUUUUCAGAAUAUUAUGUGGUUGCAUAACGUAUUCUCUUCUUUAACAAAGUUGCAAAAUCCAAUAUUAAGAGAAAUCCUUCCAGAAACAGUUUUAGGAUUUAAGUUUAAAAAAUUUACUGGUUUGGAUUUUAAUUUCAUCAGGUAUUUUAUACCAGGAGUAUACACGAUAAAAGUGGAAAUAAUUCAAUAAAGUAAAUAAGUCUAAGGAAAAUCACAAAGAGAAUUAUUUCUUUCAAAAUGCAGUUUUUAAUCAAACUGUGUCCUGUCAUAUGCAUAAUGUUUAAAAUUGUUUAUACUAUCACAUUUUUCUCUCUUUUAUGGUAAGAUGGUAAGAAUAAGCGAGAUUCUCAAAGAUGCCAGCAAUUGGGGUACUAUAAAGAAAUAAGAACUUCCCCUGAAUCAUUUGUAGUGAAAUGCUUUGCCAGGGACUGGGAGGAAUUGCCUAGAGGCUUACGGUUGCUGGUUGGAUACUAAAUGCUCCUUUCAUGGAAGUUGGCAGCAUUUAUUGCUAUCAUUAAGAUAGAGGUAAAAAGACUGUAAAUUCAAGUUGGGAGCUUUGCUCAUCUUCAGAAAGGUUUUAAGUUUUAGUUGCAUUGUUGUAUUCUGGUGUACUGAGUCUUAAAGAUCAAAUUAUAGUUGGCAACAAGCUGCAUGUUAGGAAGGUGUGCAUGAGCACAUGCGACGGUGAUUCUGCACCAGGCACAUCCUGUUCAGUAACAGUCAUGCAGGACAUCCAUCGCUUGCUAUGGAAGAGUUGAUUCAUGUAAAUGACUUCCUGCCAACACCACCCAAAGCAGGUGCACAUGAGUGUUGGCUCUUUCUUGUAUUACCAGGAUCUUGAUAGAGAUUACCUCAAAUUUGCCAUCCAAAGUUGUUAGUUUCUACAAAGAGCAUGGUAAGGUGGUCACCAUGAGUACUCCUUUGUGGGGAUUCAAGAAUAGAUACUCUGGGAGCUUCUCCCAGUUCCUGCCUAUUGCUUGAGACAAUUAUAAAUAUGAUUGGCUUUUUGUAGCUGACAAGUUCCUAAGUGUUUUCUGAAGGCACUUGCCCAGGUUUGGAAUGUGUGUCCUCGCGACAAGAAAAGGAGGUGGUCUUGGUCACCAUGGGAAGGUUUCACUGCAGCUGCCUUUAGGGAAGAGGUAACCAGAUUAGACAUGUGCUAAACACAUUGCAGGGAUGCUGUUUCUGCACCAGCUAUUUCUCCACAUAAGAAUACAAGAGAUUUAAUUCAUCUGAACAGGUUCCUAGUAUGUGGAGUUGUCUUCUUUUCUUUAACUUGGAGUUCGGGAAUAUGAAUCUUCUUUUGAAGAUAGGUGCCUGUCGAACAGGGGAGGAGGAAGCAGUGAUGUUUCCCUUAUGGUUCUUUUAACUCCCUGCUCCUCCAUGGAUUUGCAUGAAGUCGGUGCAGACUAAAAGAGCUGUCAGACUUGAAAUGCCUUAGCAAUUACCUCUCACACAUUCAGUGCUUAGGUGUGUAAUUUUGGUGCUUCUGAUCAUGCAUAGCAACCCAAACAGAAAAUUCCAGGAAACGCUUUGGUCCAGAAUGAGGGCUUUCGGGUUUGAACACUUUUAGGAUACAGGUAUUUUGGAUUACCAAGAUUUACCUUUUGGGUGGAAUUUUUGCAGCCUGGCAGAGUAUGUUAUGGUUAGGCCCAAACUAGUGUCUAUAAUUCAGCUGUGUGUGUGAAUUUAAUGAGUUAUGCCUGUGAUUAUUCUUUUGAAAACACAAUGCACUGAGCAGUGGUUCUCUUCUGACAGCAGUAUCAGGCCAAACCACGGCUCUUCUGCAAUGAAGAAAUAAAGUGACUUUCAUAAGAUUAUUCUUUCAGAAAUGUUUUAGAAUAAAUAUAAGCAGUGUGACAGUA